AUGCCAGCAAGAAUUCCUGAUAUGAAGCUCGUUAGACAGCUUAUUCCACCUUUAUCUCAUGAGAUGCACAAGGGGCAAGCAGGAAGAGUGGGUGUAGUUGGUGGCUCAGAAGAGUAUACAGGUGCACCAUACUACAGUGGAAUCACUUCGUUGAAAGUAGGCGUGGAUUUAUGCCACAUCUUUUGCUCUCCUGGAGCCAGCACAGCUAUCAAGAGUUAUUCACCAGAUUUGAUUGUACAUCCAUAUCUCAGAACACAAGACGCUGCUCAAUCCACUUCUAUCAAAGAAAUUGUGGAUAAUGUUUCAAGUAUCUUCUCAAGAUUGCAUGUGCUAGUUGUUGGACCUGGUCUAUCUAGAGACAAGAUCAUGCAAGAUACAGCCAAAGAGCUUAUCAAGAAAGCUCGUGAAAACGACAUGGCCAUAGUCAUUGAUGCAGAUGGUUUGUACCUUGUUCAACAACAUCCUGAAACUGUGCAAGGCUACAAAAAAGCGGUAUUAACCCCUAAUGUCGUGGAAUUUAAGCGCUUAUGCGAGAAGAUGAAUGUCCAAGCAGACAAGGAGCAAUCCGAUCAAGCAGCUAAAGACCUCAGUCAGUCUCUUGGCGGUGUCACGGUUGUUCAGAAGGGUUCUGUUGAUAUUAUCACUAAUGGAGACCAAGUUUUGCAAUGUGAUGCUGAGGGCGGUUUAAAACGUAUGGGUGGUCAGGGGGAUGUCCUCUCGGGCGCUAUUGCGGCAUUUUUAGCUUGGGGAAAAGCUUACCAAGAUGGUGUUUGGAGUCAUUCGAAUGAAAUCCCUGCCAAGGAUAUUGCCAUGUACGCUACAUGGGGAGCUUGUCAGAUUACUAGAACAAGUUCAAAUUUAGCCUUUAAAAAGUAUGGCAGAUCCGUUUUAACCACACACAUGUUGGAGGAAAUCGGUGCAAGUUAUGAUCAAUUUAUGAAACACUAA